AUGCCUGAGAGAAAUGUUGUCACUUGGACUUCAAUUAUUUCUGGUUGCAUUCAGAAUGGUCUUUGGGGAAUUGGGUUUUCUCUGUUUGUAGAAAUGCUCGAAUCCGGUGUUCUUCCCAAUGAUUUUACCUGUAAUGUUGUGCUUCAGGCUUGCGCUAACCUGGCCGUGGUUGGUGUUGGGAAACAAGUGCACUCUCUUGUUGUUAGAGUUGGACUCAACGGUGAUUGCAGGAUUGAGAAUUGUUUGAUUGACUUCUAUUCUAUAUGUGGGUUGGUGGAUAAGGCUCAGAAGGUUUUUGUUAGAACGCAGGAUCCUGAUUUAGUUUCUUUCACCUCCAUGAUUGCUGGUUUUUGUAAGAAUGACUUAUUUAAAUCAGCAGCUAGACUGUUUGAUCAGAUGCGGAGGUUGGGCUUAGACCCAAAUGAAAUGGGGCACCUUGCCAAUGCAAGCCACUCUCUCCAUUUUUUCCCACGACUACUCACCGUCUGA